AUGGAGACGUUGUUGGCCCAUUCGUUCGAUUACCUCUCUUCAUACGAGCCCAGCAAAGUACGCAAAGGCCUGCGUCAGGUUGAGGGUCUUCUCGCACAGAUAUGUCUCUCCAAAGCGAAACAGUCGUCAGUCGUGCGGAAAAGGUCGAUGAUGGGAAUGGGUUCGCCCCAGCCGGCUGCUAGACCGCUAUCAGAGAUCAAAGACGACCCUGCGUUUCGGGAGUUUUUCAAAUUACAAGAAGGGUUUCAGUGGAAUGUGGCGAUGCGACUGGUCACUUGUUUAGAACAUUUGUUAGGCCGGGGGAGCAAUGGCACCAACGACCUGCUCAUCCUUGCAACUCUCGACCUCAUCCAAGGUGCUCUUCUUCUACAUCCGCCGUCGCGAACUCUUUUCGCCCGUGAAAUCUACAUGAACCUCCUCCUUGACCUCCUCGAUCCGAUUAAUUGCCCCGCAAUCCAAUCUACAACCCUCCUCACCCUCGUGACGGCCUUGCUGGACAACCCGGCCAACACACGCACCUUUGAACAGCUCGACGGUCUGCUCACAGUGACAUCCCUGUUCAAGCAACGCGCAACAUCACGAGAAGUUAAGCUGAAACUUGUCGAGUUCCUCUACUUCUACCUGAUGCCCGAGACCCCCACCAAUCUCCCCAGCCCGGGGAUGCAGCGCAGAGGUCCACAUUUGCGGAGCCCCAAAGGAAGUCGUCACUCAGCAAACGGGAACCGCAGCACGCGCACGACAGACGAGAAACAAGCGCUGCUGGGGAGAUAUCUCAAUAACGUGGCGGACUUGGUUGAAGAUCUCAAGGAAACGGCACCUUUUGGAGCCACUGUUUACUGA